UGUGAGCAGCAAACUCCUGUACGGGCACCUUUCUCGGUAGCGGUGCUCCCUUCUCACCGCCGGGAAUCACCCCACGGUUUCUGCAGUGGAACAGAACGGACAGGCGGCCUCAACAGUAUAAAGUUACAACAAACAAAAAACCGCCACGUUACUUCCAAGAAUCCUCCCAAGAUGAUAGCUUCUCACCUUCUGGCGUAUUACUUCACAGAAAUGAAACAUGACCAAGUACAAAAGGUCGACAGAUACCUCUAUCAUAUGCGGCUGUCCGAUGAAGUACUGCAUGAAAUAUCUGACCGCUUUCUAACGGAGAUGAAACAAGGUCUUGGGAAAGAUACCAAUCCAACAUCAUCUGUCAAGAUGUUGCCUAGCUUUGUUAGGUCAACUCCUGAUGGGACAGAGAGUGGAGACUUCCUGGCUCUUGACUUAGGAGGGACUAACUUCCGCGUGUUGAGAGUGAAGGUUUCGGACAAUGGCAAGCAAAAGGUGGAGAUUGAGAAUCAGAUUUGUGCCAUUCCUGAGGACAUCAUGCAUGGCACCGGCACACAGCUGUUUGAUCACAUUGCUAACUGCCUGGCAGAUGUGAUGGGAGAACUGGACAUCAAGGAUAAAAAGCUUCCUCUGGGCUUCACAUUUUCCUUUCCCUGCCGACAAUCCAAGCUUGAUGAGAGCAUUUUGGUUAAUUGGACUAAAGGGUUCAAGGCAAGCAGUGUAGAGGGACGAGACGUGGUCGGACUACUGCGUCAAGCUAUCCAGAGGCGAGGGGAUUUUGAUAUCGAUAUUGUUGCUGUGGUGAAUGACACAGUGGGGACCAUGAUGUCUUGUGGUUAUGAUGACCACAACUGUGAGAUAGGACUAAUUGUUGGUACUGGCACAAAUGCUUGUUACAUGGAAGAGAUGCAGCACAUUGAUUUGGUGGAAGGAGACGAAGGGAGGAUGUGUAUCAAUAUGGAGUGGGGCGCAUUUGGUGACCUGGGAGAACUGGAUGACAUUAGAACAGAUUUUGACAGAGAGAUUGACAGUGGGUCCAUCAAUCCUGGGAAACAGCUGUUUGAGAAGAUGAUCAGUGGAAUGUAUAUGGGCGAGCUUGUUCGUGUUAUCUUAGUGAAGAUGGCAAAGGAGGGACUGCUGUUUGGGGGAAAGAUCACACCAGAACUACUCAUCAAAGGCCACUUUGAAACCAAAUAUGUCUCAGCAAUUGAAAAGGACAGUGAUGGACUGCAGAAGGCAAAAGAUAUUCUAACCAAAUUGGGUCUGGAGCCAACAUCAGAUGACUGUGUAGCAACACAACGGAUUUGUACCAUUGUAUCCACCCGAUCAUCAAACCUCUGCGCUGCCACACUUGCUGCUGUCCUGAGACGCAUCAAAGAAAACAAAGGGGUCCAGAGACUGCGGACUACGAUUGGUGUGGAUGGAUCUGUGUACAAGAAACACCCUCAGUUUGCCAGACGGCUGCACAAGGCAGUGAGAAGGUUGGUCCCUAACUGUGACGUUCGUUUCCUACCCUCUGAAGAUGGCAGUGGAAAGGGUGCGGCUAUGGUAACGGCAGUGGCCUACAGACUAGCUAAGCAACAAAAGAUGAGGGAGGAGAUUUUGUCUGCCUUUAAGUUGAGCGAUGAACAACUACUGGAAGUGAAGAGAAGGAUGAAGGUGGAAAUGGAACGUGGCCUGAAGAAAGAAACUCACCACACGGCAACUGUAAAAAUGUUGGCAACUUACGUGCGGUCUACACCAGAUGGAACAGAAAAGGGUGAUUUCUUGGCACUGGAUCUCGGUGGUACAAAUUUCCGUGUGCUGCUUGUGAAGGUUCGUGGUGGGAAACGCCGUGCUGUGGAAAUGCACAACAAGAUCUACACCAUUCCUAUGGAUGCUAUGGAAGGAACAGGGGAGGAGCUCUUUGAUCACAUCGUUCACUGUAUUGCUGAUUUCCUGGAGUAUAUGGGGAUGAAGGACUGUAUGCUUCCAUUGGGCUUCACUUUCUCUUUCCCGUGUGAGCAGAGGAACCUGGAUGAGGGAAUUCUUUUAAAAUGGACCAAAGGAUUUAAAGCUUCUGGUUGUGAAGGUGAAGAUGUUGUUGACCUCCUUCGAGAAGCCAUCAAGAGGAGAGAGGAGUUUGACUUAGAUGUUGUGGCAAUCGUUAAUGACACAGUUGGAACAAUGAUGUCCUGUGGCUAUGAUGAUCCCUUUUGCGAAGUUGGCCUCAUUGUGGGAACUGGGUGCAAUGCCUGUUACAUGGAGGAAAUGAGGAAUGUGGAGAUGGUUGAAGGAGACGAAGGAAGGAUGUGUGUUAAUAUGGAGUGGGGAGCAUUUGGUGACAAUGGCUGCUUGGAUGACCUCAGGACUGAAUUUGAUGUGGAAGUGGAUAAACUUUCACUGAAUCCUGGGAAGCAGAGAUAUGAAAAGAUGAUCAGUGGAAUGUAUUUGGGAGAGAUUGUCCGUAACAUCUUAAUCAACUUCACAAAGCAAGGUCUGCUGUUUCGAGGGAAGAUCUCAGAAAGGCUCAAGACACGAGGCAUUUUUGAAACCAAAUACCUGUCUCAGAUUGAGAGCGAUCGACUGGCAUUGCUUCAGGUCCGUGCCAUCUUGCAACAGUUGGGCCUGCAGAGCACCUGCGAUGACAGCAUCAUUGUCAAGGAGGUGUGUGGGGUGGUCUCCCGUAGAGCAGCUCAGCUUUGCGGUGCUGGAUUGGCGGCUGUCGUUGACAAGAUCAGGGAGAACCGUAACCUGGACCACCUGAAGGUCACUGUUGGACUGGAUGGGACACUGUACAAACUGCAUCCACACUUCUCUACGAUAAUGCAUGAGACUGUCGAGCGCCUGUCCCCCAGGUGUAAGGUGACAUUCCUGCAGUCAGAAGAUGGCAGCGGCAAGGGAGCGGCUCUGAUCACUGCGGUUGCCUGUCGCAUCCGAGAGGCUGGCCAGCACUAGAAGUAAAUGCUGUGACAUUUUCUCUUCCAUCCACACUAGGAACCUCCCCUCCUUUUCCCUAACCCAUGUGUAUUAAAAUAUUCCUGAGAGCUUUUGAGGUGUGCGGCUUCUCCCAUAUUUCGGAAUGGAAUUGUGAUUGCUGGUGUCAUUCUCAUACGCAAGUCAACAUCUGGGCAAAUGAGGGAUGCUGAUUGGAAGCUGCUACCUCCCAUAGCUUAACCUCCACCAAGAUGUCAAUACCGAUUCCAUUUUGACCUUUAGCCUUCUCUCUUUGCAGUGAAGAGCUGAACAUGAUCAUGACAUUGCAGUUGCUACUUUUAACUGAACAGAACUAGUUUUGUAAAAUAAGUUAUUAAUAUUUCAGAUGUACACGUGAAAGGGAAAGGGUGGAUGAAGGAAAAUGAUAGUGGGAAGUGUGGUAAUAGGACCAUGUUCUGGAGAAGCCAAUGCUGGAGUUUAAGAACAUUACUAAGGUAGUCUUUUUUGAAAGUAAAGCGUUCAUAAGUUAUGAAAUUGUAUUGUAGUUCCUGCUGCUGCACAUUUGUUGUGAAUGUAAACAGCGGCAUCUGCAGGUUCAGUGGAUUAGGGAGCAUUUUUGGACAUGCACUCAAGUUGCAAUCCGUUUCCUCUGUUGUUGGGCCAGAGGAGAAGAUUUAUCUCCUAGAUUUAUCCCAUUCUUACUUGUUUACAUUAGCAACUUAUUGUCUUGAGUAUUUGCCCACUCGGCUCCAUCUUUGCAGACUCUAUCAGAUUAUAUCAGAUAUUGCCAUUAAGCCGGAUAUCAGCUGGUCACAUUGGGCAUGUUUGAGCUUUUUUACUUCACACCAGCAGUGAGAGAGUUUACAUUGUUGGCAACAGGAGUGAUUAAUAUUGCACAGACUCAUCUGCAGAGGUCACCAAUGUUUACAAAAUUAUUGACUCACACACCUUUGAAUAUGUCACCACGCAAAAAAAAUGGUGGGGACAAAUGUUUUUUGUGCCACCCUGGCAUUUUCUGUUGAGGUAGGGUUAGAAGUUCAAGCAUAUUUGCAAACUUGGUACAAAUCUACAAAUAAAGGGGAUGAGCACUCUUCAAAAUAUUACUUAUUAUAUCUUCAGAAAAUGUGGAACAUGUGUAUGGAGAACCAAGCUUGGAAAAUAAUCACCAUCAGCUUGGCUCAAAUUUCUCUUGAGCUUCUCUGUUCCAACCACAGUAACUUUCCAUGCAAUUGCAGCUAAUGCAGAGGGACUUAGAUUGUGCCUGUAUAUGCAGUGCGUUAUCACUGACUCACUCGUUGAAUUUGAGCAUUGCACCUUUUCAAUUCUAGUGAACUGUUUCUGGGUCCAAAGGGUGUCCCAGCUAUACAAGGCUUCCGUGUGGAAUUGGUUUCUACCAUUAUGACCAAUUGACUUUUGAUAUUUGGUGAUGUAUUGAAAGCAUUUUGGAAUUUCAAGGACCUGAUUUUUAAAAGAAAGGAGAAAAAAGUAUACAUGUAUUUUUUAUACCAAAGCAAAAACAUUGUUAAUUCCUUGCAUGGAACUUGUAUGAGGUAUGGUACUGAAAUAUUAUCACUGGAGCCAGCUGUAGUUGACCUUGGUGAAAACUCCGUGAAGUUCGUACACUGUUAUUUAAGUAAAAUCCAGUUUACAUGUAGGAACUCAGCACACACAAUACUACCCGCAUGGGAAAGAUUUCAUCCUUGUGAAAACUUGGUAAUAAUUCCAAUCAAUUAAAUUUUGUUUUUUUAAUCUGGUGCUGGCUGUGGGUACAAAGUAGAUGCAGGUUACUGAGCAGAUAUUGAUUCAACCCUGGUCAGUUUGUCUGUCCAAGGAAUCCUGGUAUAUUUAUUUAAUACAAAUGGGAUAGGAGACAUCCACCAUUUGUAUAAGAAACAAUAUCUGUUGGUAGUGAAGAGACUGUUCAAGGUACAAGAUGAUUAAAUUCAACCUCCUAUCAUUGUCAAACUUCUCUUGAGCUUCUCUGCAUCAAUGGGUCUGCACAACCACAAUAACUUUCUGUGCUGCAGCUAAUGCAGAAGCAUUGAGACUGUGCUAGUGUACAGGAGGUGAUGCUGAGAUUCAUGGCCCCACAUGCUGUAUUUCCAUCUGUAUAAAUCAUGGCCACUCAGGAGUGCAGUCAGUGAAUUCUAAAUGUUAAUUUGAUUGAUACAUUGGAUUGCAUUGGAGAUAAAAACCUGACAAGUUCUUUCCACCCUUGAUCUCUUUGCUUUUCUUCCUGACCUACUGCUCAACAAUUUAUGCCCAAAAAAUGUACCCCUAUUUGUAUCACCACCAUUUCAAAUACUUAAAACCAAAGAUUGUUCAAAAGAUUGAAAUGAAACUUGUCAUUUGAAAUGCAUGUAAUUUUGAUAUGUGUAUGACGAACAAAAUCAGCAGGUCUUCCACCCCCUGAUAUCCAUCUUGAGGUACUUUUACUCUAUUAUUUUGCUCCAAGAACUUUUUCAUUGAUUUUAAGGUUGUCUGGCAGAUGGCUGAUAAUGUGUUUUUGUCAUUUUUUGAUUGAACUGAAACAGCACCACCUUCUCUGGUUACACCUGUUGAAUCUUGAAGAGGAAUAAAAAAUUCCCCUCAUUAGAAUUCAUACUACUGCAUCAUCACAGGAGAGUAACAGUGGGAGAGCAGGUCUUGAGUGCUGUUACAUAUCUUUUAAGCCCCUUGUAAGUAGCACUAUCCUAAACGUAUUGUUUCAAUUGCAAUCCUACCCACUGCUUGUGAGUCAUUGGAGUCUAAUGCAGGGAAAGAAACAAAGGCAGAAGUAAACAAGUUUCUUGAAUUAAGUGGAUGCUGGAAGUUUCAAAUUUAGUAAUACAUUAUUCCAUGAGAGAAGACGGAGAGAACCUUUCCAUAGAUACAAUUGUUGUGGAUACAAUUGUUGUGGAAUGUAAUGGUCAUCCACUUUGGUAAAAAAAAGUUUUUAACCUGCUGAGUUCCUUCAGCAGAUUGUUGCUUCAGAGACACAGAGAUUAUACAGAUGCUGGAAUCUGGAGCAACAAACAAUCUGCUGAAGGAACUCAGCUGGUCAAGCAGCAUCUGUGGGAGGAAAGGAAUUGUCAUCAUUUUGGGUCGAAACUGUUCAUCAGGACUGAGUGUGGAGGGGUGAGAUGACCAGUAUAAAGAGAAGGGGAGUGAUGAGAAAAGAGUCCUUGAGGUGACUGGUGGACCGAGGAGGGGUGUAAGGUGACAGGCGGGUUGCACCAGGUAGGGGAGGGGAGCGGGCGGUGGAGUUGGGAGAAAAUGGUAGGUGAAUGAGAGAUGGAGGAAGACAAAGGGAGGGAAAUAAAAACUGAGAAGCCGAUGGCGCAAGGUAGGGGGAGGGGAAUGUGACGGUUGGAGAGUAAUGGUCCCACUUGCUAAACUCCCCUCGAACAGGGUAACCUAGACGUUCCCCCCUACGGAGGGAGAUAAGCAGGAACACUAUGAGUUUUUAGUUCAAUAGUGAGAGAUUGAAGAAGGUUGUUAUUCCAGGAGACCUGAGUGUCCUUUGAUACAGAUCACUUGAAAUUAACAUCCAGGUACAGCAAGUAAUUACAGGAGCAAACAGUGUGUUGGCCUUUUUUGCAAGAGUAUUUGAUUGCAAGAGCAGAGAAGUCUGGUUCAUUUUAUGUCGGACAGAGGUGAUACUGUAUCUAGAAUACUGUGCACAGCUCUGAUCUACGUAAGGAAGGAUAUACUGAGAUAGAGGGAGUGCACUGAAGAUUCACCAGAUCGACUUCAUUGAAAAGUACAAAAUUCUUUCAGAAUUAGAUGCAAGAUUGAUGUUUUCUCUGGCUUAGGUGAUUAGAAUACAGGUCAUCCCCAGGUUAUGAAUGCCUGACUUCUAUCUGCCUGUACAUACAAGUAAGCAUUUGGGAGACCAGUGGGAUGGAUUUGCCAGCUGCUGUGGGGUUGCAGGUAUCUUCUGUCAUGUGGGAACUCAGUUCGUGGCAAUAUCUGAAUGGUAAAGUUAAAUGCCUUGGUCUAACUACACAAUGCCCUUGGUUAGCCCAUGUUUUUGUUUAAAUAUAUUGCUAGCAGGCCGCAUUUCCGACUUUCGAACUGUUCGGGUUACGAGCAAUUUAACAUAUGCUCUACUCUUCUGUUAUGUUCACCACAGUGGAUAACUUAAUUUUUUUUACAUUAUAUUCCAUCUGCUAUGUUUUUACCCACUCGGCUUGUCCACGUUCUUUUUACAUCUUCCUCUGUACUCACUAUCUCAGCUCGUUUAAUAUUGUCAGCAGCCGUGGUCUCCUCAGCCGAAUUGCUGAUGUGGACUGUGAAAAGCUGGGACCCAAGCACUAAUCUCAGUGAUACCCCUCUAAUUCACAGGCUGUCAACCUGAGAAUGAUCUGUUUAUUCCCACCCUUUGCUUUCUGAGAACCAAUUCUCAAUACAUGACCCCUAAUUCCCUGUGCUCUAACUUUGUUGAUCAACCUCCUUUACAGAACUUUAUGGAACAGCUUCUGAAAAUCCAAAUAUACCACAUCUAGUGCCCCCCGUUUCUCUCCCCCCCCCCCCCCCCCACUGCCCUUAACUAUUCCACUCAUCAUAUCCUCAAAGAACUGCAGCAAAUGAGUCAAACAUGAUUUUUCUCUUCAAAAAUCCACUUUGGCUCAGCUCCAUCCUAUCAUUCUUUGCAAGGAGUUUUGUUAUUGCAUUCUUCAUUAUAGAUUCUAGCAUUUUUCCCACCCUACUGCUAGUUCUGCAUCUUAGUGAAUACAUUUUGUAACUCCAACUAUUCUAUAUCACUAGUUUCCUGUUAUAUACGCUGUUAGAUACAUCUUCCAAAACUGGAUUUGUCAAUUAUACAUCGUUGGAUCUCUCUGUUCUUGCACUCCCUUUUAAAACGGUAUCAUUCCUUAAAUUGGCCCUCCUUGUUCUCCCUACUAAAAUGUGUCACAGCAGACUUUAUUGUACUGAAAUUUCAUCUGUCACGUGUCUGCUGUUUCACCAACGGUUUUGAUCAUAAUUUUUAUCAUGAAGAUACUGAACCUGAAACUGUAACCAAUCUUUCUAUGUCAAGUUUUGUGAAGCUGCUGUUUAUCUUAUGUUUUUUUCACUUGAAUUUAUUGAGCCAUUAUGUGACCAAAGCACCAUUGUGAUCUGUCUGGUGAAGGAACAUACCUCAUUGUUUUAUGUUGUCUAACUGUUUUUCUAUGAUAAUGUAAGCCCAGGUUUCUAAUCCUCUUUGAGAGCUUUUAAUUUAAAAAAAAUAAGACUGAGUAUGCACAUAUUACCACAGACUACCUUCCUACUCUAAACUAUGGCAAUUGCCUCAAACAGUACUGCCAGAAAUUGGCAGUCAAGAAAUAAUGAACUGUGCUGGUGUUCAAUUGAAGGUGCAUAGAAAGUAAUUAAUAUUCAACUUUAUAUCUCAUCACUUGUUGAAAGUGAUAUUUUAAUUCAUAAAAAUUAUUUUUUGAGCAACGUUAGGUAAUAUCGCAAAUUGCAACCACUUAUUACAGUUGGCCAAUUACCUUUGGUUGUUUAGGUAGGAAGUACAGUGAUGCCUCAGCAGUUAAAUACAGGACUGGUAAUCCAGAGACCUGGACUAACAAUCCAGAGAUCUGAGUUCAAAUCCCAUCACAGUAGUGUUGGAAUUUAAAUUUAUUAUUAAUAAUCUGGAAUCUGGAAAAAUAACAACCGUUCAUUGUAAAUGCAAACUGCCAAGAAAAGUAAUUGUUAUGUUGUAAAGUCCCAUCUAGUUUAUAAAUCCUCUUCAGGGAAGAAAAUUGGCCAUCCUUACCC